CUAGCAUAGCUAUGCUAACUCGGUAGCAUAUUAGCUAUAGCCACUGUGCCAAGCGCCUCCAACGUUCACGUUUGCGUCCACUUCGCUUCUAAUGACCCUUGGUCCGUCCCUAACCCUAAACCCAUGGCACAAAGGAAAGAAGUAUUUCAAUCCAAAGUACUGCAGAAGCUUUAUCCUGCAGCUCCCAAACUGGACAAGGAGCCUAAUCCACCAUGCAUUGUAGAAGCCUUGGCCAAUAAAACCUAUGUGAAAAGAAAAGCCCGUCAAGCCUCCGUUGGUGGAGAUGCUGGACAGACCCGUAGUCCAGCCAAACCCGACAGACGGGUGUACACAGUUCUGCCUCCUCCUGCAGACUACAUGAUGCACUCAGAGAAGUCCCUCACACUCUGUCAUUUAGAUAACGGAAACAGUGCCAAGAACCCAUCUGAAGAGAGUGCUCAUGACAGCAAUGACGAGCUAAACAGAGAUGAACGAGACCUUGCUGAAGCUCGACAAGGAAAAAGAAGAAAAAGGAAACGCAGAUCAACUGUUCAUCGAGACCCUGUGCAGGAUGCCGCAGCUCCCAACAGUGAAUCCGGUACCGGCCAGUGUGACGCGCCGGUAGAGCACGGAGGAGAGUGUAUGAGCAGGAACAGGAAGCGAAAGCUGAAGAAGAAACGGCACAAGGAGAAGCUACUCUCCAUGGGUGUGAGGCUCCGAGCGUCAGCCUUGGAGUUCACAUACCAGAAAGAUGGCGAGGUGGAGGAAGAGGAUGCUGAGAGGAGAGCUGUUGAGUUGUCGGCCUUCCUCAGGACAACGCUGGAUACCUACAUGUCAGAUGCCUCUGUGCACAUAGACAAGCGUCGUCUCAUGCCACAGACGGUGGAGACCCUCCUGAGCAGCAUAUCCAGUGGCUGUCAGCCCACCUCCGUGCUACAGCAGCUCUGCGUUCUCAAGAUCUACGUUGAACAGAAAGACACAGACAAACUGGAAAAGGCCCUAAAGGAGCUCUACAGUAACUCCUUUAUGUCUGAAGAGGAAACCUCUGCAGUCAGUUCUCUGUUUCAAUACUGGAUCACAGACAUUCUCCCCAUGAAGGAGGCCAAGUGAGAGGCUGUCAGUCAUGCUCAAUAAGAUGUUCUUCCUAGCAUACUGGACUGUUUAUGUAAUAUGAUGCGUUGUAUUAUUAAAUAUGUUUUGAAUUAUA